CCUACGGAGGCGGCGGCGUCUUUUCAUUGGCUGCCAGCUCGGUGCUCUAAAAAAAAAACCUUUUAAUUCCGAUGCUGUAUAACCAACACGCCACGGGAUGCCCGGUGGGAUACGUGGUGCUGGUCUACACGCUGUCCCUCGUUCCCUCCGGCUGUCACGGGCGUGCAGUACACUUUCCGUCCACAAGAGGUAGCCCUCUUCUUCGUUGGUCUCCUGUUCUGGCGCGCGAGCGUCCUUGUCCGUGCAUGCUAAUUGUGAGAGGUCAUUAGGGGUCAUCCUUGCGAGGAGUAAACACUUGGUGACGUCAUUGCCGAAGUGACGUCACCGGCCCCGUCCUCGUGGCGCGAGACUGACGCCGCUAUUCCCGCGACAUCACCACCAUCAUCAUCCUCAUCAUCAUCAUCAUCUCAAACACACACACGCACACGCACACGCACGGUGCGCGAUGUGAAGCUCCGCCGCGCACAGGCUCGUUCGCUUCCGCUGCUGCUGCUUUGGACUCGGCUGAAGGGGACAAGGAAGGAAGGGAAGGAAGAAGGAAGGGAGGACGGAGCUUUUAUCCGAGGACGUGCACGCUUCUCGCACCCGGCCAUGGCGUCCGCGGCUCGGUCCACGACGGGAGAGCGUUGAGGCCCGAGCGCCAUGCAGUCUCUGUUUGGCGGCGAGCUGGGGCUGCUGGGAGGGGCCGGCGACGGCGGGGGCCUGAAGGAGGACCGCGUGUCGUGGCGCUCGCCGCCCCUCCCGUCCGACGACGUCUACUCGGCCUCCCACUUCGCCCUGAUCGCCGCCUACCAGGACAUCAAGACCCGCCUGGGCGGCCUGGAGCGCGAGAACAGCAGCAUCAAGCGGAAGCUGAAAAUCUACGAGAUCAAGUUCCCGAUGAUCAGCGAGUUCGGGGAGGACACCAACUCCUACUGCUCCUUUGAGAGCAAGGAGACGGCGCUCCUCCACUCCGAGAACGACAACUUGCAGCAGAGAGUCAACAUGCUGACUCACGAGCUGCAGAAGAGGAAGGAGCGAGAGGAGCAGCUGGAGGACGUGAUCCAGGCCUACGAGAAGAUCCACAUGGAGAAGAGCAACCUCCAGCGGGACCUGGACAAGAUGAGCGGCCUGGUGGAGAAGCACGUGGAGCGCAUCCUGGGCCUGGAGGCCGCCCUCAGGCAGCGAGACAACUCCCUGCACAAGCUCAACAUGCAUCUGCACAGCAAAGACGUUCAAUACCUGCAGCUGCACGCCGGCCCCGACGGACACAUGCUGGACUGUCCCGCCAUGACGCUCCAGAGCUCGCGCAGCCUGGACACGCUCUCCGACCUGAAGGUUCAGCGCCUGGAGGCGGAGCUAGAGGGGGCACGGCACGAAGCCCAGGGGGCGUGCCAGCGGGAGGAGGAGCUGAAGGCGCAGUGCGAGCGCCUGAAGGAGGAGAUGAGGCAGCUGCAGGGCGGCCAGCGGGACAGGGAGAUCUCCUCCCCCUGCAAGCAAUGCGACGUGGAGUGGAUCAAGAAGGUGGGAGACGAGCAGGUGAACCUGGCGCUGGCCUACACGGAGCUGACGGAGGAGCUGGGGCGCCUGCGAGCGCUGAGCUCCAAGCAGACGGAGAUCCUGAGGAACGCCUCGCAGGAGAAGGCCAGUCCGGUGCAGCUCCACUCUCCCAUCCACCACCAGCGUCACUCGCCGGGAUCUCAGCGCCACUCGCCCAUCUCGCAGCGGCACUCGCCGGUGGCGCCCCCGCCUCACCACUCCCCCAUCCAGCAGAGGCGCUCCCCGGUGCUGCAGCGCCUGUCCCCCGACACCCACCGCCGCUCCCCCCUGCUGGACGUGGGCGAGGGGCCGGCCUCGUACUCCUGUCGCCCGCCCACUCAGCACCUCCGGGCCAGCUUCCAGGGCCGGCGCAGCUACUCGGAAGUGACCGACCCUUCGGCGUACCACUGCCCGCCGCGCUUUUCCCUGGACCCCGUGUCCACUCUCCCGAAGCCCCGCCCUUUUGUGGAGGGCUACGCCAAACAGACGCCCCAACACUCGCCCCACCAACACAGAGGGGCGUCGUCUCCUCACCAGGACUCCAGAGAGAUGCCCUUUCCGCUGUCUGAGGUGGCCCACCUGCGCUUUGAGCCGCCCCCGCCCUCCGCCCCGGCGCCGCAGCCCCCGCAGUCCUCAGAAGACGAGGAGGAGUGGACCUGCCCGCAUCCCAUCAGCCCUCCCAGGACGCUGGGGGUCAUACCCGGCGGCGCCAUGAGGGGUCCGGCGUCUUGCUCGGCCUUCCCCGCCGCCCAGUGCCCCAACGCUAUGGGGUGCCACCCCCAGCCCGGGUACAUAUCAGCUGAGCAUGCUCAGUCCUGGCCGUCCAUCAACCUGUGGAUGGAGACGGAGGAGAGCGACGUGCGCAGCUGCCCGCUGUGCCAGCUGAUGUUCCCGGUGGGGUACCCGGACGACGCCCUCAUCAAGCACAUCGACUCCCACCUGGAGAACAGCAAGAUCUGAUCGCCACGGCAACCGGCUGGUGGAACCCAAUCAGAGACGUGCGCGCGCUCGUCUCCAAGCAAGAUGGCCGCUUGUGUUUGUACCGGGCCCGCGACACGGUUGUCAGUCUCGUCCGCGUGCUUUUAUUUUUCCCUCCUUUUUGCUUUUUUCACGUGUUUGGACGCCGGCGGCGCUGCAUGUCUCAGCGGGCCCGAGCACCUUCACACUCCUAGCUUUAAAAAGACUCACACGGACACGGGAACCCGAGACGGCGAGCGCGCGUUUCCACGGCAGCUCCAGCAUGAAACGUUCCUGCCCACCAGGACAGGCCAAGCGGCGCGGGAACAUUUUUAGUCACAUGAUACCUUUCUGCUUGCCUGUUCUAAAGUAUCUUAGCACUUUAUGCUAGCUUAGCCUCUCCUGUGUAUCUGUCCGACCCCACCCCCCCUCACCCCCCCAUCCCACUUCUUUUAUCCUCCAGCUCAAAAAAAACAAAAAACAUUUUUACAGCACAUGUCUGUGGCUCGUCACACACACACACGCGCACACACACACACACACACACACACACACUGUACAUAAACAAUAAACACGUACUAUGGGAGUCUUCCUCAAAAAUACAUGACUCAAGUAUUGGGACACAACUACGACCGAAUAUUACAAAAAAAGCUCAUAUGAGAUUUUUAAUUGUAAAACUGAGAGAAUAAAGUCCUACAUUUGCAGAAAAAAAUCAUACAUUUAGGUGAAAAAAGUUAUAAAUGAUAUUGAAAAAUGUUGUCAAUUAAUAGUAAAAAAAAACGUCACACAUUUAAGGGAAAAAAAUCGUAAAUUUGCUAGACUAUGGUGGUAAAUUUACGAGGAAAAAAUGUGUAAAUUUAUGUGAACAAAGUCGUACAUUUAGGAGAAAAAAGUUAUCAAUGAUAUGGAAAAAAGUUGUCAAUUAAUAGUAAAAAAAAAAAAAAACAUCACACAUUUAAGGGAAAAAGUCGUAAAUUUGCGAGAAUACGGUGGGAAAUUUCAGAGAAAAAAAAUUCUAAAUUUAUGUGAACAAAGUCUCGAAUUAACGAGAAAGUCGUACAUUUAUAAGAAAUUAUAAAUUUACCCCCAAAAAGUGGUAAUAUGACCUACACCCAAGGUCAAAGAUCACAUAAGUCCAGCCCUUUUUCGUAGCCGUCUUAGCUAAUGCCUGCUACGGCCGAGUACUAAAAUUUGAGAAUAAAGUUGUACAUUUUUGAGAAAAAACUCAUAAUAUUACGAGAGUAAAGUGGUACAUUUCCGAGACAAAAAAAUUUGUAAUAUUACCGUCAAAUAUUACCGCCUUUCUGUAGCCGUCUUAGCUAAUGCCUGCUACAGCCGAGUAUUAAAAUGAAGUCCGUGGCUGUGUCCCAAUACUUUUGCUCACGGUCGUACCAGCACAGCACUGAUGUCACCCAACAGCAGCCGGAAGAAAGAUGCUGAUGUUGGCGCUUGGAGUCGGAAGCUUGCUAAUCGAUGUCAGCUCAUCUGAGGGUUUCUGGGUCACAUGAGCACUUCCUGGGGUGGGGUGGUGGGGGGUCGGGGGGGUGGAGGGGGGCAAGGAAUCCAGGUGGCGUGAAGCCGCUGAGCGGAGGGCGGAGAUGCGGUCGAUGAGAGCCGCGCAGAAGCAGAUUAAAUUCCUCCUGCGGUCUUCGCUGAUUGGGUAGGAGGAGGCGGGGCCUCGCUAUCUUCUGGUUGACGACCACAACAUCCUGCGUCUUUUUUCUUUUUUCAGCUUUCUGCCCUGUCGCUGAUAGCGCCGCGGUCUCGGUCUCAAACAGACGGACCGCCGAGAUUCCUCUCAAAUGGUGAUGGCUUUCCUUUUCCUUGGCGCACCAACGAAGUGUCGUCCCGCUAUUGACCUUUUUUAAGGGCUAUUUUGCUAGGUGGCGCUACGACGACGUCGUUCUUUGUUUAUUUGUAAGAAAGCGGAAGGGAAAAUCUCCUUGUCAACAUGAGCUGCCCCUAGCUAGUUCAGGAUGCUACGCUAACGACUUGUUAAGGCUUCACUACACAUCUUAAAAUCAAACUUUUUAUGGGAGGUUUUAUAGCGUUUUUUUUCUCCCAUCCUUUCUCGUGGACACGACACAGCUCCUAGGUGGGUGUGUAAAAAAAAAAAAAAGGCUUCACUACACAUCUUUAAGACAAGCUUUGGAUACAAUUUGGAUUUUUUUUUGUUGCAUUUUUUUCCAUCCUUUCUGGCGGACAUGACGCCGCUGCUAGUUGGAUGCGUCUACUCCGUGCUUAAAACAGCCACCAGGCUUCACUACACAUCUUAAAAUGCAGCCCGGAACUCUGCUUGUCUGUUUGUCGGCUCGGUCGGCGUCGUCGUUCUUCAGCAAAUAGGCUCAUCAGCUCAUGCCGCAUGGGGAGGCCUUGCCCCGGAGGCCCCAAGGGGGCGCACAUGUGGCUUGUCCAAGCUGUCCAUGAAGCUUUCUUACAAACACACACACACACACACACAGCUGAUAUUUUGUGCAAAAGUCCAAACAACCUUCCUUCUAGGUUGACUCAGGAGAAGCAGAGGAAGAAAUCAAUCUUGUUUUCCACGUUGCGUUUGAGUUGUGAGAAGAAGAGAGGAGAGGAGAGGAGAUGAAAGGAGUAAAGAUGGAGGGAGGUUUUCCACAGAUCCACUCAGGACUGACAACAAAGGUUUUACAUGAUUGUUGUUGUUUUUGCAACACAACACGACGUUGCCUACGAGAGCUAACCACGUCUUACAGUGUUACGUACCCCCGGGCCCUCCGCCCCCCCCCCCCCCCCCCACCCCCCGCCCCUUCCUGUGUGUGUAAAUAUUCCAAUAAAGUUGCACUGAAAGUCAGCGUGACGUCUCUUCC